CCUGCCCAAACUACAAUUAACAACAAGCGAAAUCCAAAUCCAAAUUAUUCCCAUCUCUACCAAAGAACCAGAAAUACAGAUCCGUCUAAAACCGAAACCUUUCUGGGAGAAAUUACCAUCCAAAGUCCUGCCGAUUUACCGGAAGAGUUCAAUGGGAAACAACCACCCAUUUUUGAAAACAUCGUAUUUAACCAUCAACAAAACGCUGCAUUGCCUAAUCCUUCAAACAACAGUGGCAAAAUUAGGAAUGAAAUCGCCAACGAAAAUCAAGAAGUUAAUCAAAAUUUGGAUUAUGCAGACAAUGGUAAACAAAAUGGGAAUGGCAACGAAAGUGGAGAAUCUUAUUCAUCAGAGCCGGAAGAUGUUGAGUAUGAAGAUUAUAUAGAUGAGGAACCCGAAGCACAGAGGAAUACAGAGAAACCUAGACAAUUGACCACCACAACUCAAGUACCAAUAACUACUUUUAAACGAACUUUUGUGCGACCAACUACCACUGAAAAACAACUACACAAAUCCUCAUCGAACGAAAUCAAAGCAGAAAAUAGUAAUGCUGAAGGAAUCGCGCAAGAAGGUGAAGACAUAAUACUUAACGAAGAAGAAAACGAAAAUAGUAAAGCAGCCGAUAAUGAAGAAACGCUUGUAAAAUAUGAAGAUGAUGAAGAAGAACAAGAAGAACCAGCUCAAAACCAUAAUAACAAUAAUAGUUCAGAAUCUUACAAUAAUCUCUCAUCUGAAGAACAAGAAGGCAACUCUACACUUACUGAAGGGCAUGUAGAACUAAAUUACACUAAUCAUGAACAACAAGGUUUAGAAUAUAGCAACACCACCGAUGAAGGUGCUAGCACACAAAAUAAAACAAUCAAAAAGCCGUACGAAGUUUUGACCAUGAAGCCAUCGUCUCUUGUAAAAGAUGACAAUUUUAAAGAGUUCAUAGACAGCACAGGAAUUGAUAACACGUCCGAAAUUCCGCAAACAGAAUUAUCUGAAGAUCCAAAUAAUCUUUCCAGUGAGACAAAAAGCACAGCCGCAUCCAGCUUAAAUGAAGAAGUAGAGUCAUCGGACGUCGACACUCCUCCAGUUCUUCUAGGAGCUGCAGUUGUUUCUGUCGUAACAACCAAAAGUGUUAUCAACAAAACCAUAAUCGAUGAAACACCACUAUCAUACAACGCAAAAGAAAUUCGGUCAUUGGAAGAACGUUCUGAAGAAGAAACGACCCCAAUACCAACUGGAUCUGGUGAAAACGCAACAGAAGAAUGGAUUGUGGUAGCUUCAGUUCAUACAAGUCGAAGUGUUUCCGGAGCCAGAUAUUUACCAUUCCCAACUGUAGAGCAAGAAGAGAGAACUAAACUCUUGAACGAAGGUAAGGACAUCUCGGAUGAGAGUUUCACACAGAAAAUCCAAAUUCAGGGGAAGAUCAUAAAAAACUCGAAGCUGAAGACGAAAAGAAAAAUCACACUUCCACAAAGCAAAAAACAUC